GUGACCAUUGUUUUUCUUUUGACUGACGUCGUCAUGUUAUUCUGGAAACAAGGUGUCAGGUCGUGUGGAUUUCGAUACGUUUUUGUAGAUUUAUCUUAAUGUUAACGAAGGACAAUGACAUAAAAGAUAUUAACGAAUUCCCGAUGAUUCGACGACAUAAAGUGAAUGGUUAAUGGAAAGGAAGAGGGCAUAGACCUAAUAUUGUUAUGGAUGGCACGAACUCUUGUGGUCUGAAAGAAUGAGUCAUAGAGGGUCUCCAGAUAGCUGGGUGAAAGUAAGCAGAGCAUUUCAUUUGUGGCAAACACAUGUUCGCAGCUCAGCAGUAUCACGUCCCUUGUCUGGUACCUCUCACUGCAGGCUUCGUGUCCAACAACCUCAUUGCUUCAAGAUUAGCUGUCACGGCUGGAGACGCAUCGAACACCUAAGGACCACUGGGUGUCACAGAUGGCUCUUUAGAGCUAUUCAGUUUCGACAAAGGCUCGGUCUCCACACCAGCACCUUGUCUUUGAAUGCUUCAACAUCACGGUGGUCUGCUGGUCUGAGUCAACACAUGUCUCGGGUCAGGAACACACUGGACACAGUUUCUAAAGCUGUGAGUGGGACACAUACUGAACUUCUGUCCAGAAUCGCCAGACUCAAGCCUAAUGUUUUAAAGGCUGGAAGAAAGGCACUUGUGAAAGAGACUUGUGUUGAGUCAGCGGCGAAAGCUGAGGAGGGUGCUGUCACGGUGACUCCUCCUGCUAAUAGUGCUCCCGCUUCUACACCCAAAACCAUAAGUGACUCACCUUCUGCCAGUCCUUCUGUUCCUGCUUCUUCUCCUACAAGUGCCACUACCUCCACUCAUCCUCACAGUUCUUCUCAAGUGACCGUCACUGCCACAAUUCUGACUGUACGUGAACUUAAGGAGAAAAGACUCAGACGUGUUGCUCCCGCUGUCAAAGCCAGUUGUGCCAGGAAGCAAGAGGAGCUAAAACAUUCACCAGAUGAUAGUGAGAGCAAGAGCACAACUUCCAAGCAAGCCACAGCACUUUUCCAUCCCAGCACUUUUUCAGUCAGCCUUGAUGAUACUUACAACUACCUGGCCAAUCACAUCAACUCAUACUUUGGCAGCAGCACAAAGACUCAGGACAAGAAAGUAGGCAAUGUUGAAAAUUCCUCUGCAUCCUCUCAGGAUCGGCCAACCAGUAACCUCGUGUCGGUGUCUGUUAAAACAGAAUCCGCCGCUCCUGUUACCACACCAUCCUCUAAGAAGGGUUUAGGGCACUACCUAUCUUACUCAGCUCCUACUGUACAAGCCUUUGUGGGAAGUUACAUUGCUCCCUUGGUGCCCAAGUUUAGGACAGGAGAGUCGAAAGGUGCCGCGGUGGAGGAGAAGCAUGAGAAUGCGCCAGUCAAACAGGCUGAGGCCGCAGUUUCUAAGGAGCAGAAAGCUGCAGAAGAGAAAGCCAAGAAACUUGUGCUGCAAAGAGAGAAGAUCAUUGCCAGGGUGAGUGUGGACAAUCGAACUCGGGCUCUCGUACAGGGUCUUCACAGGGCCUCCGAUGUGAGAGUCUACAUCAACAGAGUGGAGGACCUCAGCUACCAUCUCCUGGAGUUUCCGGAGACAUGUGGUGUUGCUGUCAAGGAGAAGGUUAUACCUUGCCUACUGCGUCUGAAACAGGCUAACGACCCAGGCCUGAGGGCAGCAGUUAGAGAAGCCCUUGCUCUGGUGGGCUACCAUUCACCUGUUAAAGGCCGGGGCAUACGCAUCCUGUCCAUAGAUGGAGGAGGAUUAAGGGGACUCGUUGCGCUUCAGACAUUACACAAGUUGGAGGCCCUGACUGGCAAACCCAUUUACAAAUUGUUUGAUUAUAUUUGUGGUGUCAGCACAGGUGCUAUUCUCGGGUUCAUGCUGGGUGUGUUCCAAAUCCCAGUGAGCGAGUGUGAUGAUCUCUACCGGAAGUUGGGUUCGGAUAUUUUCAAGCAGAACGUCAUUGUUGGCACGGUGAAGAUGGGCUGGAGCCAUGCCUUCUAUGACAGCGAAGCCUGGGAGAACAUCCUCAAAGAGAAAAUGGGCUCUCACCUCCUGGUGGAGACUUCAAGAAACCCAGAAUGCCCUAAGGUGGCAGCGGUGAGCACCAUUGUGAAUCGGGGCACUCCCCUGAGGGCCUUCGUGUUCAGGAACUACAACCUGCUGCCCGGGGUUCGCUCUCACUACCUGGGGGGCUGCCAGCACCAGCUCUGGCAGGCCAUCCGUGCCACGUCAGCAGCCCCCGGGUAUUUCCAGGAGUUCACCUUGGGAAAUGAUGUCCACCAGAAUAGGGAAAGUGAUCGCGUUCAUAUCAGUGGUCUUCAAUUUUAAGCCUUUUGGCUGAUGUUUUAAUCGAGGAUAUUCCAAGAUAUCCACCACACCACCAGAACGUGUCAGAGUGACUGAACAUAACAAGCAUCGAGUGUUGUGUUUUUUGGCAGCCCUCAGAGUUGACUGGUCAGUUCUUUAGAACAACUGACACAUUAUAAGAGCUCAGUUCAAGACACACAGUAUAUACAAACAUAGCACAUGUACACAUUUUAAAGUCAAUACAGUAUCAGAACAGGUGCUGGUCAAUUAGAUUAUCAGCUAUCGGAUAUAAGAUCGUUCAUUAAGAGCAUUUUUCCUGUUAUGAGCGCCAGUCUUUUUUUGUUUUUUUGUUUUGCCCGAUCACAGAUAAAAUAAAUUGAUUUAAGGAUGCAUUACUGUGGCCCUGAUGCAGCCGCCUCUCUCCGUCUGCAGUCACCAAUCUGUGGUCUCAAUCAAUCUAAUCAUCAAAUUAGUUACACGUCACAUAUAAUAUCCCAUCAAAAGCGAAGACUGCUGUGCCACAGAAUAUACUGCUGCGUAGCCUAAUCUGUUAUAACACUUCAUUACUGUUGGUUAUAGCUGAUUUAUGUUACGUAUUAAUACUCUGCGAAUCUGUGAAGUAAUUUGUAAAGUGACUAGUACAACAUUUGCCUCCCAAAUGUUUUGAGUGGCAGUAAAAGAUAUCGUAUGUAAGAACAUUACUUGAAUAGACGUGCUUAAUUACAUUCCAUCAACGGUAUUGACGCUGAGAUUUUAAUUUUUAGUUCAGCUGUGACUGAUCUGUUGUAAAUAUCGAUUUGAUCACUAAUAAUCGGUGUUGGUAUCAGCUUGGGAACAAAAAACGUUGUCAGUUGUUAGUCAGGGUGGAGCCGGGUCAGUAGGUGUGUGUGGGUUGUCUUUUCUAAUGAUUACUAAGCACGUUGUUUCAUACUCUACUCUGUGAAGGCACAAAAUGAAAAUGUGUAUCUGUGCAUCACAUUUGGUGAUCAUGGUAAAAAAUUUUCGGUAAAUAAUUGAGUCUGUAAAGUAAAAACGUCUUCUUAAGCUACAGUUAACCCAAACCUGAUGUCACUUCUUGGCCUCUAAAUCUUGAUACGUCUUGUCUAUCAAUCAAUGUUUUCCUCUGACUUAGUCAGGUCAGCAUGAAUCCCAUUAACAUAACUCGAUCAGUUCAGAAAGAAAUUAAUGCAUAAUUUUCUUUUACAAAAUACACAGCUCUGUACACAGCUUGAAGAGCCAGUGAAAUAUUGUGAUAGUUAAAUUUUUCAACAUUCCUGCAAAGGCAUAUCUUGUACUCUUUUUCUCACCCUGCUGCACAUUCACACUGUAUAUUUACACACCUAGUGAGAAUUUAACUGCAGUCUUCUGCUACAGUGAUGGGGCUUAUGUUGGUGUGUUGGAUUCAAAUGCCCUGUACAGUCGCUGUUGACAGUGGAGAGUUUGAAGGAUUUUGAGAGGCCUAAUGAGAAAAAUCCUGUGCACAGCAAGUGAGAGGGAGGAACUGCAUUUUCAUCUUGUCAGUGUUUAUUUCCAGUCAGCUACAUUUUGACAGCAGAUUGAGGGGUAGAGUCGCUGUGAGACACACUUAAAUCCAUCUCCACUCAACGGGGAUGCAUUAGCCAUCAGUAACAUAACAAACCGCCAGUCUACUCUUUGCUUCACUGAUCAAUAAGUAUGGCUACUCUGUUUGCCUUUGCGUUUUCAGUAAGAGCUUAGUCAGAAAACAACACAGAAGAAAUAAGAAACCACAUGAACCGAAUCUUAGAGAACAAGAGCUAAAAAGCACAAAGGAAAACAUCAACAUACUAAGCUCCAUUCGCAUUUGAGGAUUAAUACCUUUAUGAACACAGAUGUGGUGUAAAGACUCAAGGUAGACACAGCACAUGUGAAUGAGCAUGUGUUUGCAUCAAAGGCAAUGUUGAAUGUCGGCACGCUCACACGCUCUUAAUUGGAAGCUGUGUUAGUUGUGUAGGUGAAUGGGGAAGUUCAGGGGGGACAGAAUGAAAGAGACUGGCUGAUGAAACCCCCCCACAUGUGGUGGGAGAUUUCCCCAGCUUGCCGUCUAGCAAGUCUCACCCUACUCUGAGAUGAAUACAUUAGCCCAGUUCAUCACACCUCCAUCACACACAACUGUUUGACUGCUACAUCUGCCUCAUUAGAAUGAAAAGACAGACAAUCUAAUUAUGGAACUGCUUUUCCAAACUCUCAUAGCUGCCAGCAGGGAACGUCAUACUGUGAGAAGAUGAGACCCCGUCAGUAGUUUAAUAUCUUUAACACAUCUGAGGUGAAAUCAGUUACAUUCACACUUUAUCUUCAUUUCCUUUCUGUCAAAAGAAGCUUCCACAAAACGCUGAAUGAAAUGAGAAAAUGAGUCCUUCAGUCCUGAUUUGGUAAAAAGUGCUCUUUUUUUUUGCCUGUUUUUCUCUUAAUAAAUCUUGAAAGAAUAUUUUGAGGAGGUGUUUUACCUUGAAUGGCAAUUCCUGAGUGAUUUGAGCUCAUUUGUUCCACUUUCUAUGACUUUUUUCAAAUUUUAAACUCCUUACCUGCUUUUGCUAUGACUGAAAAUAUUGUAUAAAACAUUUGUUUUUCUGUGUUUUGCUAAUUCAAAUAGCUUUUGAACAGGACUUUAAUAUUAGGCUAUAAACUUCUGCAUAUUAUAAAUAGAUCACUUUGCCUUUUCUUUUUAAUGCAUAUAUUUGAAUAACCCAAAAAAGUGAAAGGAGGCAGGAGAGAGCACCUUAUUUGUGCUUCCUGAAACAAUAUUUCUCUGCGUUUAAGUGAUGAGCCUUUACAACUUUUGUGACUU